AGGGAUAAAAGUUAAUCCCUGUGUUUACAACUCAGAAAGUUUAUUAUUCUCAGAUAAUUCUAACAUAUCGCGUUGAUAUAUGUCCAUAUAUUUUCUAUCCGACAUGUAAGAUGGCCAAAACAGUUCACGACUCUGAUACCCCCGAACGGGUAAGCCAUAAAAAUGAAGUAAAAUAUCGACUUUAUAAUUUAGCUACGUGCCUAUACGUUUAUAAUAUAUUAAGUAACUAUUUUAAUACUGCAAGUUGUAUUCAACUCAAUAUAGAUUGUCUCUCAGGGGUUUCUAGGGAGGUUUCGAGGAGUUUCUUUAUUAUUUUACUCUGUAUAUAAAGGCCGAGGGAAUAUCAUAGAAUACCGUCUUCCGCCCGCAUGUCCAAAAUGCUGCCGCAAAAAAAUCAUUUCAAGAAAUUUCGUUAUUUCAACAAUUAUUUACACUUUAAACUAUAAUUCAUCGCAGAAGUCAUGUAUUAAGGGCAAAGUCUACUUGUACAGCAAAGCUUUCACUUUGCAGGCAUUCGCUGCCUUUAAGUUUUAAAGAUUGCUGGCAUAUAUUAUUGCAUGAACAGGUUUAUUGACGUUCGACCAAUUUUCACACAUUUCUAAAAUAAUGAAUAAUGAAAAAAAGCCUCAUCUAUUUUUGAAAUUAUAAGGACGGUAUUCUAUGAUUUAAUUCCCUCGGCCUAAAACCAGAUGAUUUUACUCAUCAAGGGGAGAGUGCUCCCACUCAAUGGGUUUAUAAACCAAAUGCUGUAAACCUCUAAUUAUACCCCCCCCUGUCUAUAAGCCCAUCACAUUCCUAACGUUCACACCAUUCCAAAUAUAAGACACCCCCCCCCCCCUUCGAAUAUAUAAACCCACCCCGAAUAUAAGCCCACUUGUUUAUCACUUAAUUGUUUAUCCCUAUUCAUAUCACUAUUACUGUAUAUACUUGUUUAACACUUGUUUAUCGAUCACUAUUACUAUACUUGUUUAUCACUAUUACACCAUUAAGACAAAAUGUCGUCCAUGUAUAAGCCCUCCUGUAUAUAAGCUCCCCUGUGUAUAUAUAGUAUAUUCAGAGGUUUAUGGAUGGUAAUGGUUGUUGAAUUAUUUUUUCAGAUACCACUUCAUUUAAAUGAGCAGUGGAUAUGGAAAGAUGAAACAAAUACUUUAGAACUUAUCAGGUAUCUUCAUUUGACUGAAUUGCAAGUCGAUUUAAAUAACACAUUGACAGCAUAGAUAUAUAUCUAUAUGAUUGACAGUACUAGUUGUUGCUUGUUUGGUAGCUAUCAUAGUGAUCACGAAUCAGUGAUAACAGCUAGCUGGGGAAUCAGUGACAUUAUGGUCAAAGCAUUAGCUCCUUUCACAUCUAACUUUGUGCGUUUGAUUCUUGCUAUGAACUUACACGAAAAGAGUCAGUCAACGCUGACUGACGAAUGUGUCGAAAGUUGUGAGUUUUCUCCAUGUGUUCCAGUUUCUUAAGCUCCCACAGGGAAUUGAGCGCCAUGAACAGUGUAUAGCCUUUGGUUGCACAGUCAUCAGCUAUAUAUAGAGCAAGUGCACUUCACCUGAGAGAUGUAGGUUUGAGGGGGCUCUGGUUUCUUACCACAGGGAAAGUUUACAGCGUGGGUAAUUAGGAUAUUAAACACAGUUAAGAAAUUAAGUAAUAUCACUAUUGUUGUACACAUAAAAUAGUCUAGUAGGCUAAGUAUCUAAUUACUGUAGGUAAGCGUACUUGACGUAUUUAAAGUGCAUUUAAUUUGAUCAUAUAUCCACAUAAAUUUGUGCUGUAUAUAGAAAUGCAUGUAAUGGUAAUACAACCAAGAUAACAAUCUCGAUCAUUAAUCAUUGUCUUUCCUCUUUAAUUCUCUACCUUGGGAAUGAGGUUGCCAAGAUGAUCAUUUCACUAGUGGACAGAAUAUAAAUAUUGUAAUUCAUUUUUUUAUGCAUGAUGCAUAUAUGUGUACCACUUAGGUAGGGGGAGGGUGUGCAAACAACACAAUUUAAAAUGAUGGUUGAUAAAAUAGAUAUUCAGUUGUUUGCCCAUUAUCACUUUGGGAAAUUGAUAUAUGAACCAUUUUGAUAACAUGAAAAAAUAUAGGUAAAGUAUUGUAUUUUUUAAGUCCUGGUAAUGUUAACCAUAUAAGCUAGAGUUCCUCUUUGAGCACUAAUUGGAUCUCUCUAAUUUAGUCAUGUAAUCUAUAUCUGUUUGACAUUAAAUGGGAAUAAAGAAAUUUAUUCUCUUCCAAUAGUAAUAUUUCAGGAUUAUCAUCGACCAAUCAGAGCAAGAAAUCUCUCAAACCAAUGACCGGAGGGCAUGGCAACCGCAACGAUAGGUACAAUUUAUAUUUAUGUAUAUAUUACUGACGAAAAAAAUCAAUGCCACUUCUGAGGGUUUAAAUUUCAAAAUCUUCACGAGAAGAUGCCAUUGCCCCCCCCCCUGCCCCUCCUAGGUAAGUGAUACCUGAGCCACCACAUAACUGCCUACUUGGUCCAAAAAGUGCCCUACUCCAAAUUCCAGUUGGGAACCCACCAGUGGGCUGAUUUAAUUAAUGACUGAGUGAUUGACAGAUUGAUACUGAUUGCCAUAGGCAUACCAAACAGGGGCAGAAAACCAUGGAAAUUUGGGAAAAUGCUAGGAAAAGGGAAGAAAAUUUGGGCAGAUUUAUCAGAAAAUAUCUUAAAUUCAGGUUAUUUCAUUACAAUCCUACAUCAAAAUUCGGGCAAACUUUCAACUGUCCCCACCCCAUACACCUAUACUGAUUGCCUGCCUAACUAACUAGCCUGGCUGACUUACUGACCAACCGAUUAACCAGCUGGGCCGGGGGAAACUGACUGAUCCGUGUUGUUCAUGUGUCUGUCGUUCAUGGUGGGAAAAAGAAUAAAACGGAUAAUUUUUUAUUUUUCAACUAUUUUUCCAGGAUAACAUCAAAUGUGUUGAACAAGAGAUGUGGUAUGAAGUUGCAAGCAGGUCCCCCCUCCACAGCUGUGAGGGGGUCGUCAGCUAGACCCAGCAUACGUAAUGGUCUAACCACAAACACUGCAGAACAUAACACUGUCACCAUGAAUGAUGUCAAGACUGUGGCUAAAAAUAAUUGCCUUAGUGAAAGAACAAAAAAUUCACCUUUAUUCAAGGAGUUAUAUUUCUGGUAAAUGGUGCAAUUUAUUCCAGUCAUGUUAUCAAGCCUGUACGCUGUCUCUAUUGUCAUGAUAUAAACUCGAACUGUCUUGUGUAGUUGUUGAAUUUAUUUUGCAUGUUUAUAGUGUACGAUAAAACUGUUUGGAAUGCAUUAAAGUUGCGCCCUUUUUGAACAAUUCAACAUCACAUUUUACUGAAUCCUAAGAUUUCUAACGCCUUCUCUCCCGUAUUUAGUCCUUGAAUUUGCUGACACAUGGCACUGAAUGUCCUUGAAAAGUCCUUGAAUUUGACUGUUCCUGACAUGUACGAACUCUGGAGAAGCCUAACUAGGCCAUUCGGCUACUAUUAAACUUUUUGACGAAGCAAUUUUCUGGUUCUAUUGUACGUGCAACUUUUUCAUGCAAACCAGCAUUUUUUUGGACAUUCCAUUACGUAUUAACCUGAGAAUUUGAGGACGGGAUUCCAGACUCUAAUUUUAUCAUGGAUCAGAUCAUCUAAACACAGAAACACGUGUUCUCAUCUGAACACAGAAAAAAUAUUAUCGCGUAUAUAGUGUGAGCGGUGAAAGAGACAGGGGCGCUCCGGAUUUCUUUUUGUAUACGGAUUUUGAAACACAUCUUCAUUUUUUUGUAGUUCAGAUCAACUAGAUGAUUUUCUUUGGGCGGCACUGAAUUACUUCGGUGCAUUCUUUGAGAGAAAGUUGUUAGAAGAGAAGCCGAAACCCAUGGCAGU